UGAACGUAGAAGAAGAGAACAGCGGAAGUAGACGCUCCGGUUUGGUUUCCGAUUGACCCACUUAGCUUCUCACGUUAGCAUCUGUUAUUAACCCGUGUGUCACACAAUGGAAUCGGCUGAUUUUGUACCUUGCGUGUUUCUUCGACACCUACUUUUCUGAUUCCUCGUCCGACUGGCGACAGGAGACGAGAGGGCGUCGUCGGCCUGAAGCGGGGCGAAGAAGACUAGCUGUUGUUAGCCACUUUGAUUUAGCUGCGAUUAAAAUGAGCUGUCAAACGGUGGCUGGGUCGUAAAACUUUGUUUCUUCGCAUUAGCUGCGGACUUGGUUUUUUUUUUGUCUCGGCUCAGACAGACUCAGCUCCGCAGCUCCUCUUGGAUGUUCAGUGUGUCCCGAAGUGACUCUUCAGCUCCAUGUCUGCUGAGGCCUCAGUUGGCAGUCAUGCUGCCGACUCUGCCCAGUUUGAUGUUUCCCAGCCUGCCUGCCACACAACGGACGAGCACAGAAAUCGGGGACUGCUGGGGAGCAAGUAUGUCAAGUUAAAUGUGGGCGGCUCUCUGCAUUAUACAACUGUCCAGACGUUAAGCAAGGAAGACAGUCUGCUGCGGAGCAUAUGCAAUGGAGGAACAGAGGUUAACAUAGACUCUGAAGGUUGGGUGAUUUUGGACAGGUGUGGCCAACAUUUUGGACUAGUGUUGAACUUCCUGCGAGACGGUUCAGUACCACUCCCAGAGGAUCACAAAGAGCUGGAUGAAGUCCUGAAGGAGGCCCAGUACUAUCGGGUCCAGGGACUCGUACAGGAAUGUCUCAGUGCCAUGCAGAAGCAAAAGGAUGUCUUUGAAAGUGUGUGCCGCAUCCCCAUGAUCACCUCAGCCAAAGAGGAACAGAGGAUGAUUGCUACUUGUAGAAAGCCGGUAGUAAAAUUGCAGAACAACAGAGGAAACAACAAAUACUCUUACACCAGCAACUCUGAUGAUAACCUGCUGAAGAACAUUGAACUGUUUGACAAACUCGUGCUACGAUUUAACGGUCGGGUCCUGUUCGUCAAAGAUGUGCUCGGGGAUGAAAUCUGCUGUUGGUCUUUCUAUGGUGAAGGCCGCAAGAUUGCUGAAGUAUGCUGCACAUCUAUUGUCUAUGCUACUGAGAAGAAGCAGACCAAAGUGGAGUUUCCUGAAGCUCGAAUCUUUGAAGAAACCCUCAAUAUCCUCAUCUAUGAGAAUGGCAGAGGAUCUGGUCCAGGAGGCUUACACCUCUUAGAUUCAAGAAGCUCAGGUUCAUCGCUGGGAGCUGGCCAGUCGGAGGAAGAGGGGGCUGUGGGAGGUGAAAGACGUGUAAGACGGAUCCACGUGAGGAGGCAUAUAAUGCAUGACGAAAGAGGGCCUGGUCAGCAAACUGUGUAUAAGGACUAAUAAUGUGAAACCGCGAGUGACUUGAUGUAUGUACUUUUUUUUUUUUGUUAGAUGCAUGAAAGAGAGGUCCUUGAUCAUAGCAGUAGCUUGGUAGUUGGUUAUUUCCUUAAAUGUCUUUAGGCGCCACUGCAGAAACAUGGGGGUUGAUGACUGAUUUGGAGCUAUGGUAACAGUCGUUUGGAGAGGAAAAAUGCUUCUGUUUACAUGAAAAUAAACUGUCUACAUUAUUUAAAUAGGAAUUUUGUAAAAUUGCCUGGGAUACGAAACUGGCAUAAAAAUGAAUACAUGCAAUUAUUAAGGGGCCCCUUGAAAGUUACUGAAUGGGCCUCAAAACCCAACAUCCACCCCAAUGGUGGAUGUAAUCCCUGGAGCAGAAGGCUGACUGUUAAUGUUGGUGUUAAUGACUUGCACUGGCAGCCUCCUCUGUGUUUGACUUGUAGGAAACACUGUCAGUUAAUUCAGGUUGUGAAGCAUCUGUUGCCUUUUCAUAAGUUGGACUGAGAUGCUGACUGACGGUGAUGGAACAGAGGAUGGUGAAGUUUAGAUCAGAUACGUUAACACUGGAUAAACUGAGUAGCCAUUUUUCGUGAGGAUGUCCAUGAAUGAGAUUGUUGAGCAGCUCAAUUUUCUGUAUUUAAAUUUUUACUGCUGUUGCUUC